CUCAGUCCGACUCCUAGAAGUAAAGCUAAAAAUGGUGAGAUUAAAAUGUUCUCACAUCGUUGGAGUUUCUAAAAAUAGCCAGGCGUCGCAGAAUGAUGAGGAUUCAGCAGCGCAUCAGUAAUCCAGCUGAGGCAGUUGCUAGAUUGCCAUAAAAAUCACAUUUGAUCUACCUGACACAUCGGUCGCUCGCUCAAUGCGCUCAAGUUACUAUAGCAAUAAGAAACGUUCGCUCGCUACGUUUGGCUGAAGUUGACAGGAGUAUCUCCGCCCACUGCUCAAUGAGAUGCGAAUAUCUACAUCUGCUGCUACCAAAAGAGCAUUUUGUUCACAAACCCAACCCUCGUAAUUCAGGAUGUUUGGCUUUGUCACACGCCGGGGAGGACAAAAUGCAGACAGAGCGGAAUCUCAAAACAACAACAACACUGUGAUGAAUAUAUUAUAAUUUGCGACUUCAUUCUCCAACUCAUCGAAAAUGGGAUUUCUUCACCAGCUGCACCUUCUCCUGUGGAAAAACGUGACUUUAAAGCGGAGAGGACCGUGGGUUCUUGCAUUUGAGAUAUUCAUCCCUCUGGUGCUCUUCUUCAUACUCCUGGGCUUGCGGCAGAAGAAGCCUGCCAUUCCUGUGAAAGAAGUGUCCUUCUACAGCGCGGCCCCUCUCACCUCGGCGGGCAUCAUUCCCAUCAUGCAGUCUUUGUGUCCGGAUGGUCAGCGGGAUGAGUUUGGCUUCCUGCAGUAUAAAAACUCCACUGUGACUCAGUUGUUAGAAAGGAUCAGUGAAGUUGUGGAGCAGAACCACUUGUUUACGUCAGACAGACCCAGUCUGGGAGAGGAGCUGGAGUCACUGCAGCAGCACCUUGAAAGUCUGAGCUCAGCACAAGGCCCUCUAGAGAGCCACUACAACACCAGCCAUGGUUUUACUGUGGGAAGUGUCCUCAGGAACCAGUCGAUUUUCCAGCAGUUCCUGAUCAGAAACCUUUCCCUGCCAAACGACACCGCCAGCCUGCUGCUCUCCUCCCCCAUCAACCUGAAAGAGGUGUAUAAUCUCAUCUUUGGGACGUAUCCUAAAGUGGGAUCAAAGGUAGGAGAAAAAGAUGAAGGCCAGCAUGAACUCCACAGUCCUGGAGAGAAGCUUGUACAGCUUGAGAAGCAGUUACUUGGAGGCUGGCGUAGUUUGGAGGGGGGUCUGAUUCAGAAGGCAUUGAGACACCCAACCAAAGCUGCUCACCGUCAAGCUCUGCUCGAAGUCCUGUCCCAGGCACUCGGGAUUGCUGGAGGUGGAGGAGGCCAAAAAUUUGAUCCUCAAGCAUUGCGUGAGAUGGAGGGGAUUCUGUUGACUGGUGCAGUGCUGGAAACCCUCACUUGUGGGGAAGGAGGGAACAGUGAGAUAAGCAAAAUCCUAUUGGUCCCUGAGAAACAACAGGCAGUUUUACAGGCCUAUCAAAUGACUGUUUGUGGUGGAAAGGCAGAACAGAGGGCGAAGCUGUUCGGGGAGUUGAGUGAAGAAUUGAGAGAUCAGAUUGACACACAGAGAGUGUUUGAUCAGUUGCGUCUGGAGCAGUCCAACAUAUCCGGUCUUUUGGAUCAAUCCCAUCUCGGCGCUCUGCUGAAGAACCUGGCGGAUGUAGAACGGCUCUUGAGGGAUGUGGAUUUGCUGUCAGGUCUGGCCAGACUGCUCCCUAAAGGGGCCUGUGCAGGCCACCAGCCUCCUCCUAUAGCCAACACCACCUCCUGGAGCUCCAACACAACAACAUGGGGUCCCAACACAACAGACAGCCCUGUGGAGGAAGGAGAGGGAGCCGCAGGAAAUGAGGCAGAAACUGAAAACCCUAGAUCACAGUUUUCUGCCUUUGUUCAGCUGUGGGCAGGUCUUCAGCCCAUUCUGUGUGGAAAUAACAGGAUUAUUGAGCCAGAAGCUCUGAAGCAGGGCAAUAUGAGUUCCCUGGGCUUUACCAGCAAAGAACAAAGAAACUUGGGAUUACUUGUCCAUCUCAUGACUACAAAUCCCAAAAUCCUUUACUCUCCCAUUGGCUCAGAGGUGGACAAGGUCAUACAAAAGGCCAAUGAGACAUUUGCUUUUGUGGGGAACGUGACUCAUUAUGCCCGAGUGUGGCUCAACAUCUCAGCUGAAUUAAGGGCCUUCCUAGAGGAGGGUAAAUUGCACAAUCACCUGAUGUGGCUCCAGCAGUUCAUUGCAGACCUGAAGAAGCACCAUGACCUGUUGAACGUCUCAGACAGUGAGCUGAUGAACAGUCUGCUGGAGGAGAACUUCACCCUGCCAAACACAACCACUCUACUGGAGCAGCUGCACACCAUUGAUAAUGCUGCCUGUGGUUGGACAAACUUCAUGUCAAAGGUCAGUGUGGAUAUCUUCAGAGGCUUCCCUGAUGAAGAGAGCAUUGUCAAUUACACACUGAACCAGGCCUACCAGGACAAUGUCUCAGUCUUUGCAAGUGUGAUUUUCCAGACCAAUAAAGAUGGAUCUCUGCCACCCCAUGUUAUGUAUAAGAUUCGACAGAACUCCAGCUUCACAGAGAAAACAAAUGAAAUCCGUCGAGCUUAUUGGCGCCCUGGGCCGAACACAGGCGGCAAAUUUUACUUCCUUUAUGGCUUUGUGUGGAUCCAAGAUAUGAUUGAGCGGGCAAUCAUCAACACGUUUGUGGGCCAUGAUGUUGUUGAGCCUGGAAACUACGUGCAGAUGUUUCCCUAUCCAUGCUACACUAGAGACGAUUUUCUGUUUGUUAUCGAGCACAUGAUGCCUCUGUGUAUGGUCAUAUCCUGGGUCUACUCUGUGGCCAUGAUGAUCCAGCACAUCGUAGCAGAGAAGGAGCAAAGACUGAAAGAGGUGAUGAAGAUGAUGGGCUUGAAUAAUGCAGUGCACUGGGUGGCCUGGUUCAUCACAGGCUUCGUGCAGCUUUCGAUCUCAGUGACGGCCCUCACUGCCAUACUGAAAUACGGCAAAGUCCUCCUCCACAGCGAUCCCUUUAUCAUCUGGCUCUUCCUCACAGUCUACGCUGUCGCCACCAUCAUGUUCUGUUUCCUUGUGUCGGUGUUGUACUCCAAAGCCAAACUGGCUUCAGCAUGUGGAGGAAUCAUCUACUUUCUGAGUUAUGUGCCGUACAUGUAUGUGGCCAUAAGAGAAGAGGUGGCUCAUGACAAAAUCACUGCCUUUGAGAAGUGCAUAGCGUCUUUAAUGUCUACCACAGCAUUCGGUCUGGGAUCUAAAUACUUUGCCCUGUAUGAAGUUGCUGGGGUUGGAAUCCAGUGGCGUACUAUCAACCAGUCACCUGUAGAGGGCGAUGACUUUAACCUUCUGCUGUCUAUGGUUAUGCUCACCAUUGAUGCCAUUGUAUAUGGUGUGUUGACCUGGUAUAUAGAAGCUGUGCAUCCAGGGAUGUACGGACUGCCCCGGCCAUGGUAUUUUCCCCUGCAGAAAUCCUAUUGGUUAGGAAGUGGCCGCAUAGAGACGUGGGAUUGGCCGUGGGGUGGCGGCACCAGGCUGAGCGUGAUGGAGGAGGACCAGGCUUGUGCUAUGGAACACAGACGCUCAGAGGAAACUCGUGGAAUUGAAGAAGAACCCAGUCACUUGCCGCUGGUGGUGUGCAUAGACAAACUAACUAAAGUCUACAAGACAGGCAGCAAACUGGCCCUAAACAAGCUGAGCCUAAACCUGCAUGAGAACCAGGUUGUCUCCUUCUUGGGACACAAUGGGGCUGGCAAGACCACCACUAUGUCCAUACUCACGGGAUUGUUUCCACCCACUUCUGGCUCUGCCACCAUAUACGGCCAUGACAUCCGCACAGAGAUGGAGCGCAUCAGGCAGAAUUUGGGCAUGUGUCCCCAGCACAAUGUUCUGUUCGACAAGCUCAGUGUGGAGGAACAUCUGUGGUUCUACUCGCGUCUGAAGGGCAUGGCCGAGGAAGAUAUCCGGAAGGAGAUGGACAAGAUGAUAGAGGAUCUCGAAUUGUCCAACAAACGUCAUAGUCUGGUUCAGACUCUUUCUGGGGGGAUGAAGAGGAAGUUGUCGGUGGCAAUUGCAUUUGUAGGUGGGUCCCGGGCGGUGAUUUUGGAUGAACCCACGGCAGGAGUGGACCCGUAUGCCCGUCGAGCAAUCUGGGACCUCAUCCUUAAAUACAAACAAGGUCGCACCAUCCUGCUCUCCACUCACCACAUGGAUGAGGCUGAUUUGCUUGGAGACCGUAUUGCCAUCAUCUCACAUGGCAAACUCAAGUGCUGCGGUUCCCCCCUGUUCCUCAAGAGCACAUAUGGAGACGGCUACAAACUUACACUGGUCAAGAAACAGAGUGACUCACACACUGCAGAUCAGUCAAUCCAGUCUCCCGCCUCUUCCAUAUCUCCAUGUUCAGAGAGCAGAGUGACACAGUUCAUCCGUCAGUACGUUGCCUCCUGUCUGCUGGUGUCCGACUCCAACACUGAGCUCUCUUAUGUCCUACCAUCUGAGGCUGUCAAGAAAGGCUGCUUCGAGAGGCUGUUUCAGGCUCUGGAGCAGAGUUUGGACAGCUUGGCCUUGACCAGCUUUGGUGUGAUGGACACCACACUGGAGGAGGUCUUUCUGAAAGUAUCAGAAGAAGAUCUUUCACUGGAGAACAGCGAUGCAGAUAUGAAUGACUCUCCCAGCGGAGCAUCAGCUGGGAAGCCCUCUAAUCUGUUAGGAGGGUCACAGUGCGAGGGGGCACCAGCUGCUGCUGUGAUCCGGCCAGAUGUGGAGCUCAGUAACCUGAUGAUGUGCUCCAGGCUGAGCCCAAGCCAAGCAUCCCUGCAGUCCGGCUCUUCUCUCGGCUCAGUGAGAGGGGAUGAAGGGGGACUUUAUUCUGACUUCUACGGAGACUACUGCCCAUUAUUUGACAAUGGCCCGGAUCCUGACUCAGCCAGUCUCAGAGAUGAAGAGUCCUUUCCGGAGCCGACCAUACACGAGGGCCAGGGCAGCUUUAAGCUUGAGGGCUGGUGGCUGAAACUCCGGCAGUUUCACGGGCUGAUAGUGAAAAGGUUUCACUGCGCGAAGAGGAACACCAAGGGCAUUUUCUCACAGAUCCUGCUGCCUGCUUUCUUCGUCUGUGUGGCAAUGACUGUGGCUCUAUCGGUGCCUCAGAUUGGUGACCUUCCUCCGUUGAUUCUGUCUCCAUCUCAGUAUCACAACUACACACAGCCUCGUGGAAACUUCAUCCCUUAUGCCAAUGAAGACAGGCUUCAGUACAGGAGUAAACUUUCUCCAGAUGCCAGUCCACAGAGGAUUGUUAACACCCUGCGUCUACCCUCUGGAGUUGGUGCGACGUGUGUACUGAAAACUCCCUUCAACAGCACUCUGGACCAACUGGCCCAAACCCUGAAUCCAUAUGCCAACAACUCCAAAACCCUGGCAGCCCGCUACUUUGACUCUAUGUGCCUGGAUUCCUUCACACAGGGUGUGCCUUUAUCAAAUUUUGUGCCCCCGCCACCCUCUCCUGCCCCCUCAGAUGACCCAGAUGCGCAUUUUGAAGAUGGCCUUUGGAACUACACUGCCGCUCCUCCCACGACUGUCCGAGAGAUGGCAACAUCUCCCCCCACGCUGCCCUUGACCAUCCGGGAGCCGGUACGUUGUAUCUGCUCCAUGCAGGGCACGGGCUUCUCCUGCCCCAGUGGAGUUGGGGGUCGACCGCCCCUUAUGAAGGUAGUAACCGGAGACAUCUUGGUGGACAUCACAGGUCGCAACGUGUCCGAAUAUCUCCUGUACACCUCUGAUCGUCUCAGAUUACACAGAUAUGGAGGCUUUACUGUAGGAAACAUUCAAAAAUCUGUCCCAGCAUCCUUUGGGAGAAAAACAUCACCUAUGGUGCGCAAAAUAGCAGUGAGGCGAUCCUCACAGGUGCUUUACAAUAACAAAGGGUAUCAUAGUAUGCCCACCUACCUAAAUGUCCUGAACAAUGCCAUCCUCAGAGCCAAUCUGCCCAGUAGUAAAGGAAACCCUGCUGCAUACGGCAUCACAGUGACCAAUCAUCCCAUGAACAGAACCAGUGCCAGUCUUUCUCUGGAUUAUCUGCUCCAGGGCACUGAUGUGGUUAUUGCCAUCUUCAUCAUUGUAGCCAUGUCCUUUGUGCCAGCAAGCUUCGUGGUCUUCCUGGUAGCAGAAAAAUCCACCAAGGCCAAACACCUACAGUUUGUCAGCGGAUGUGACCCUGUCACUUACUGGCUAGCGAACUACAUAUGGGACAUGCUGAACUACUUGGUUCCAGCAACGUGCUGUGUCCUAAUUCUGUUUGUGUUUGACCUUCCUGCUUACACGUCACCGACAAAUUUCCCAGCAGUGCUCUCUCUCUUCCUCCUUUAUGGCUGGUCUAUAACCCCCAUUAUGUAUCCAGCCUCUUUCUGGUUUGAGGUGCCCAGCACAGCUUAUGUUUUCCUCAUAGUCAUCAAUCUCUUCAUUGGCAUCACAGCCACGGUGGCCACUUUCCUCCUACAACUGUUCGAGCGUGACAAGGAUCUAAAGUUGGUAAACAGCUAUCUGAAGUCCUGUUUUCUCAUCUUUCCCAACUAUAACCUGGGUCAUGGAUUGAUGGAGAUGGCCUAUAAUGAGUAUAUCAAUGAGUAUUAUGCCAAGAUAGGCCAGUUUGAUAAGGUGAAGUCUCCAUUUGAAUGGGACAUUGUGACACGGGGACUGGUGGCAAUGACCAUUGAGGGUUUUGUUGGCUUUCUCAUUACAAUUCUGUGCCAGUACAACUUCCUCCGGAAAGCCCAGAGAGUGCCUGUCAACAGUCAGCCAGUUGAGGACGAUGAUGUUGAUGUGGCCUGUGAGAGACGCAGAGUGCUGAGGGGAGAUGCUGACAAUGACAUGCUGAAGAUCGACAACUUAACCAAGGUGUACAAGUCUCGCAAGAUGGGCCGGAUCCUGGCGGUGGACCGUUUGUGUCUGGGGGUCCGUCCUGGGGAGUGCUUUGGGCUGCUGGGAGUGAACGGGGCUGGAAAGACCACAACCUUCAAAAUGUUGACUGGAGAUGAGAGCACAACAGGGGGAGAGGCCUUUAUUCAGGGACACAGUAUCUUGCGGGAGCUUUUACGCGUGCAGCAGAGCAUCGGUUACUGCCCUCAGUUUGACGCUCUAUUUGAUGACCUGACUGCUCGAGAACAUCUGGAGCUGUACACACGCCUCCGCGGCAUCCCCUGGAAAGAUGAGGAACGGCUGGUUCAGUGGGCUCUGGAGAAGUUGGAGUUGUCCAAGUAUGCUGACAAGCCUGCUGGCACCUACAGUGGAGGGAACAAACGCAAACUCUCCACAGCUAUUGCUCUGAUUGGAUAUCCCUCACUCAUCUUUCUGGAUGAGCCCACCACAGGUAUGGACCCAAAGGCUCGUCGUUUCUUAUGGAAUCUGAUUCUUGACAUCAUCAAGACUGGACGCUCUGUGGUGUUGACAUCACACAGUAUGGAGGAGUGUGAAGCCUUGUGUACGAGACUGGGCAUCAUGGUUAACGGCAGGUUCAAGUGCCUAGGAAGCAUCCAGCAUCUCAAAAACAGAUUUGGGGAUGGAUACAUGAUAACAGUACGAACUAAGACCACCGCUAGCGUCAAGGAAGUGAUACGGUUUUUCAACAGGAAUUUUCCAGAGGCCAUCCUAAAGGAGCGUCACCACACAAAGAUUCAGUACCAGCUGAAGUCAGAGAACAUCUCUCUGGCUCAGGUCUUCAGCAAAAUGGAGCAGGUGGUCGAAGUGCUGAGCAUCGAAGAUUAUUCUGUCAGCCAGACAACUUUGGACAACGUCUUUGUCAACUUUGCAAAAAAGCAAAGCGAUAACUUAGAACAGCAAGAAAGUUCUCCAUCUAGUGCUGGUCAGUCGCCACUGCAGCGGCUGCUCAGUAUCCUCCGUCCGCGUCCCGCUAACACAGAACUCAACGCCCUCGUAAGUGAAGAGCCAGAAGAACUUGAGAGUGAUGAUGAUGAAGGACUGAUCAGCUUUGAGGAAGAAAGGGUGCAGUUGUCAUUUAAUACAGACACUCUGUGCUGAAACAGCUGUUAAUCUCACAGACGGAGAGAUGUUAAAAAAAUAAGCCUCAAGUUCAGACCCGUGUCUGUAUGGUGAAAGACAUUUGUGCGUUUUUUUUCUCGCUGGAGAGGAUCCGUCUCUCUGGCCCAGUGGGUGGGUUGUUCUUGUUUCCAUUUGCACUUCGGAAGCGGAGCGAGAGAACAGCUCUUCUGGGAACUCCAAACAGAGAUGCGGACACAGCUGGUGCCUGGACGUGAUCGGGCCUCCCCUCCUGCGUUUCGGAGAUGAUGGUUUAUGGAAUCGUGUAUUACUGUGCUGGAUGGGAACUAAAGAGAAUGUAUUUCUUAGAUAGGCUACGAACCGGCCGUAUGGUUUAUUUUGGUAUCGCUUUUAAAUUUGAAUAUGAUCGUACUAUCUUUAAAAGGAUCACAUGUUGAAUUGUUUUAAUUGUAGUGUUGAUGUCAUAGCAUAAUCAUCUCUCAAGGAAUAGGACUCGUAUGGGUUCAGCCUCUGCAACUUGUUCUUUUUAUGGCCGUUUAUCCUCACAAAUCUUUUAUUCUUUACUCGGACCUACUCUGUUGAUUUGUACCUGCAUUGAGAGCAUGCUAUAAAAGACGAGCCUGUCGUGUUGUGGGUUGAAGAAAUUUUACUAUGCUUAAAUGUUUUGAACAGACCUGUUGUUCUUGUUGAAGAAUGCAAAUGUACCUCUGUGCACCUUCAUUGAAGUUUUGAAAUCGGACACUCAAUAGUGAAUGACUCGUGACCGAUUCAAAGGCCUUUAGUCGAACCGGACCGAACCAGCCCUGCUAUGGAGAUGUUUGUGGUCUUGUAAUUGAAUGUAAAUGGCAUACGUGUUUUGUGCUGACUUUUGUGUCUCCCAAACCAGUAGGGUGCAGGGGGUUCUCUCUUUUUUUGAUGAAUGAAUUCUGAAAUGAAUUGUAAUUGAUACCGGUGUCUGUCUCGGUGGAAAAUUUACGUUGCAUUAUGGUUAAAAGCUGAGUAAUACCAGAUGUCAGUUGAAAGAGCUCCUACACCAGAUGUCAAGUAGAAAGUUCAUUGUCACGCUAUCACUGUGAAGCCAAAGGUGAACUCUUAGUCACUAUUCUUACAGAUAGACAGAAAUCAGGUCAUUGCUAUUGAUUAUUGUAUUUAUGAGAACCCUUGAAAUGUUUUGUUUAUUGAAUAGCAGGUUUUGACUUUGUCGUUUGCACUGUAACGUGAUACAAGUGUACAUUUUUCGUUUUGACCUGAAAUCAGUCGAUCAUAUUGUUCAUUCGAAAUGAAAUGAUGCUUCUCCUUCAUGUCAGUGAUGUACAUGAUGGUUCGUUCCUAUCGCUCAGUGACAGUCUAACCGUGCUUAAUCUCUGAAUCUUGCACAGUAGUACUAUAAUGGUGUCUUAUUUUUCUGACAUUGCUGCGUAAAAGAGUAUGAUCGAUAUUUUGGAGCUCCUCAAAGAGAGGAAAGCAGAGACCGAUAAGGAGGCCCUAGUCUGCGUUUUCAUGUACGAUGACCAAAGGGAAAUGUAGCAUAGUUUUUGAAAUGUGUAAAUUGUGACCAGCUAUGUGAAAACUGACCUACUGAACACUUAUUUACCUAAUGUUCAGGCGUCUGGGCCACUUCAGAAUAUAUUUCCGGCUAACGGAGAACCUCAACAGCCUAACUAAAGAUCAGUGCAAGCUGCUUUUCACUUUGGAAAUUAACAUGUGCAGUGAUUUAAGACACCAGCAAACAUGAGUGUGGUUCUGUAUCAUAAAAUAGCAUUAUGGUUAAGGAGGCGAUUUAGUUUUAGAUUUCUUGUAAGUGCGUUGGAAUGUAAAUUCGGUACAUGUGAAUAUGAUUCGAUAUUUAUGAACGUUUUUUUCAUCCAGUAAUACCUAUGUUCAGGUGGAUUCCCUUGUAACAAGAUUGACUGGAC